AUGUCGUCGAACUUUGGAAAUUUCAUGAAGAAUGGCUGGCACCCCGAGAAGCCGGGCACCACCUUCAAGGGCCAAAUGAACGGCCUGUUGGGAAGGAAAACGGAUAGCGACAAAGAGGAGCGCGUCGCCAGACCCCUAUCAUCUCUCGCAGAUCCCUCAACCUUUGCACCGCCGCCGAAGCGUGUCCCGGGAACAAUUGCACCCCCGCCCCCGCCAUCACGUUCCAACGCAACAUCACCUGGCGUACCACCGCCGCCGUACGACGACUCGACCCGAUAUCAGCAGCAACACGAGGAAGGCGUAGAAGAAGAAGCGGCGCCGCCCAGACCGUGGCGCACAGAUACUACAGGCCUCUCGACUGCCCAUCUGCCGCCCCCGCCGGGAAGAAAGGAUGGCGCCGACGGACGGACGCCGGUGCCGGGUCAAGCCGCCGCCGCACGGCCGCCGCCCCCGAGCUUACCACCGAGACUGCCGCCCAGAACACCCUCCGCUUCGUCGGUAGCGAGACCGGCGUCGCCAGCACCAGCACCACCACAGGCGUCAAGCAGCAGCGGAGGAUACCUAAACCAGAACGCGAUGAACAGACUAGGAGCAGCAGGCGUUUCUGUAUCCGCACUAGGCAUCGGAAAGUCCGCGCCCGCACCACCGGCCCGAUCCAACGCCAGCAGCCCCGCGCCACCUCCCCGGGCCGGAGCCUUCUCACCGCCGCCGCCUCCGCCUGCCAGCAGCAGCAGCAGUACCGGCGGCCACAUGAGCGAGUUGCAAAAUAGAUUCGCCAAGCUGGGCAAGUCCGCCGCCGCCAACCACCAGUCCUCCACCCCGCCGCCGACAGAGGGCACCACGACGGAGCAGAAGCAAGCCGCGCUGCGCACCGCAGCCGACUUUCACAAGAACCCGUCGUCCGUGUCCGUCUCGGACGCCCGGUCCGCUGCGUCGACAUUCAACAACUUUCGCCAGCGGCACGGCGAGCAGGUCAAGUCCGGGUACCAGAGCGCCAACAACUUUAACCAGAAAUACGGCAUCACGGAAAAGGCAGGGAACUAUGCCGGGAAGGCAAAGAGCUUCUACAACGACCAGGUCGGUCAGAAGCAGCAGCAGCAGGCCGGGGCUAAUGCGGAGACUACUACGACCACGGCACCCAGCCCGGCGCCGAGCCCGUUGUCACCUCCGCCUGGGCUGGCGAGCGCAGUCGGAAAGAAGAAGCCGCCUCCGCCGCCGCCCCCAAAGAAGAAACCCCAGCUGGCUGGAGCACCGGCACCGCUGCCCGCGCCUUCGCCUCGAGCACCUGGCCUUGGUGAUGACGAUGACGCACCUCCUCCGAUUCCCUUGGCUACCAAGCCGACGUUUUGA